AUGCCCUCGAGGGGCUUCGAGCGGCACUCACGCAGCCCAUCGAUCUCGUCGCAAGCGGCUGCGGAGAAGUUCGCUGAGGCCGCGGCUCGACACGGAGAUGUCAGCACGCGUUGGUGCCCCGGCCAUACGGGGAUCGCCGGCAACGAGCGGGCCGACCAGCUAGCAAAGGAGGGCUGCCGGGCCGAGGGUCCGGACAGAUCGCCGACCUACGCGAACAUCAAGAGACAGGCCAAGGCUGCGGCCAGGCGCGACUUCCAGGACUGGUGGGCCGCGGGGCCCCGAGCAGCUACAAGAGCCUAG